AUGAGAACGAGCCAUGCCUGCAAGCCAUUUGGAAUUAUUAUGAUAUUUAUAACAUGUGAAUCUUUAUCUGGAACUCCAUUUGUUACAUUUUGGACCAUAGAACUUUUAUUGGCACUUAAGUCUUCGUUUGAUGUUUAUACAGGAAAUUUCUUUAUAGCAAUCACACGAUUUCUUUUUUGUGGUGUUGCUUCAGUACUUUUAUUAAGGACGCCUAGGAAAACGAUGGCCUUAAUUUCAGCUGGUGGUGUUAGCGUUACGUGCUUAUCUUUGGCAGUUUUUUUAAAUAUUGAGGAAGAACCGAGUGUUUUCCCACAGAUUUUUUUAAUGAUAUAUACAGCUUUUGCCAGUUUGGGUUUCUACAUUUUACCAUUUCUUUUUAUGUCUGAACUGUAUCCAUUACAAAUUAGAGGAACUCUUACUGGUAUAUCUAUAUCAAUAAUAAACGUUCAGAAGUUCAUCAUUGCUAAGUGCUUUCCUUCUCUAAAAGAUAACUUUGGUAUACCGAAUAUUAUGAUCUUAAGCAGUGUUAGCUCUUUUAUCUGUUUUGUAUUCCUCUACAUAUUCUUGCCAGAAACUAAAGGCUUAACAUUGCGCGAAAUAGAGGAGCAUUUUAACAAUCAUAACUCUAGACGAGACUCACAGCGGCAACUUUCGAGCUUACAUGCCACCUUCUCAAAUAGUCAAGGAAGAAAACGUUUGGGCGACGUGGUGCGAAAUUUUGGACGUAAAAGCAAAGACGACAAGGAAUUUAUACAAAUUUAUGAUUCAACAUCAAUCAUAAGCCGUGAAAGUAAGGAAUCUGCCACACUAUUAACAGAUGGCAAGCAGUUUAGGAGUAUUACAUCUAUAGAAAAAGCAGAAUUGAAACAACUACAAGACGGUGUGGCAAAUAGAACUAUCAAUAUACAGACAGAGGCCAAUAAUGCUGGAAGUAACGUUGAAGCAUCAGCAAAUUUAUUUGAUAAAACUAAGAAAGACGAAAAUGAAAGUGAUACGAGCACAGGAGGACCGAGUACAAGUAAAAAGGCAUAA